AUGGAUGUACAGGAAAGAGCUGUAUACAUAACAAAGCCAUUGAUAGAGGAAGCAUCUCUUGAUGUAUUUUCGAAGUUCUAUGCUUGCAGUGCAACACUCUCUCCAACUGAGAUGAUGGGAAAGAGUAUAGGCAUUGCCGAUUUAGGCUGUUCCUCUGGUCCAAACACUUUGUUGGUCAUUUCUUACCUAUUAAAUAUUAUUUACAACAAAUGCCGCGAAUUUGACAGUGCUUCACCCGAGAUUGUCAUGUUUCUUAAUGAUCUUCCUGGAAACGACUUUAACACCCUUUUCAAGCACUUGGAAGGAUUUAGUGACGAACUGAAAAGAACUAAGGGAGAUGGUUUCGGACCGUGUUUUGCAGAUGGAAUGCCUGGCACUUUUUACGGUAGACUUGUUCCUAGGAACACUCUUCACUUUGUCCAUUCUUCCUACAGUCUCCAAUGGUUGUCUCAGGUCCCUCUAGGGAUUGAGAGCAGUAACAACGGGAACAUUUACAUCUCAAAGUCUAGUCCUCCAUCCAUAACAGAAGCAUACUUAAAGCAAUUUAAGAGUGAUUUUCAGAGUUUUCUGAAUUGCCGGUCCGAGGAAUUAGUCAAGGGAGGGAAAAUGGUUGUAACACUUUUGGGCAGGAGAAAUGCAGACCCAACAAGUAUAGAGUGCUGCUAUUUCUGGGAACUAUUAGCUUUGGCACUCAAUGACAUGGUUUCAGAGGGAAUGAUUGAAGAAGAGAAGUUAAUGUCAUUUAACUUACCGCAACAUAUGUCAUCCAAUGAGGAAGUAAAGAAUGAAAUUCAUUGUGAAGGUUCAUUCAUGAUUAAUCAGCUCGAAGCUUUCCAGGUGAACUGGGAUGGUAGUCAUGAAGAUGACAGUUCAGAGAUAGACAGCUACAAGGCAGCAAGCUGCAUCAGAGCCGUGUCGGAAUCCUUAUUGAUGAGUCACUUUGGGAUAGGGGAGGAAAUAGUCGACAAAUUGUUCCAUAUGUACAGGACUAUUGUUGCUAAUAAUGUGCCUAAAGAGAAAGCCAAGUUCACUAACAUAGUUAUGUGCUUGACCAAAGUACAAUUAUAA